AUGAGGCCCGUUACCAACUCAAUUAUUGUAGGUGGUGGUGUUCAUUGGAGAUUCUGGCAGUGGAAUUCACUUGCUGCUUACCUCUUUGUUGGUCUAGCAUCUAUGCUGGGGCUUGUUACUGUAGCUUUGAUAAUUCUGUCUCAUUCAUCAUCGGGAACUGAGGCUGAAUCAGAUGAAAAGCCAGCAAAGCAAGUGGAUUUUGAGCCAGAGAUUGUUGUGAUCAUGGCUGGCGAUGAGAAUCGAACAUAUCAAAAUACCAAAACACCUUGGUGCUGCCUUAUCUCUUCUCUCUCAAAUUCAUAG